UUUUUUAUACCCAGACGAAAAAACUGGCUUGUCAAGAGCCGGGCAAAGUUGAAAGGCGAAGCGCAACAGCGGGGCAGGGCAAUGAUCUCAUUGUAACGCGACUAUGGGGAAGGGAGCAGUGCGGCUUCAGAGCAGGAAGGUGAAGGGGGGAAAAACGCGGUGGACGGUGGCCGCUUGAGAACCUACCACGCAGGAAGCGAAGCGGUGCUGGGAAUACUUAAAUUACGCGAUGAGUCAUGUCCAAAUCAGGGGUCAUUCGUGUGGGACUUGGUAUAGUUCUUGGAGCAGCUGCAGGAAUAGGUCUCAUCUUUUAUUUCUACAAACAGAAGAGAAAGAAGCCCAGUCAGAAAAACAACUCAAUAUAUCCAGUUGUACAUUGUCAGCAAAAUGCUAUGUAUGUUCAUGAACAGGCAGAAACCCUUCAGCCUUAUAAUCAGGUUCCAUGGAUGAGACCAGAACCAGUGGAGGGUGGUGAUAGCGUUCCAUAUACAUCUCUUCUAACACACGAAGAGCAGGCUGAAGUCUUAAACCGUCUUGAUUUUGUGCUCAGAAGCCUUAUAGAGUUGCGACAUGAGGUGCAAGAAUUACGGAACAGCCUACAGAGUUUAGCUGGAGAAAUUAUUGGAGAAGUCAGGUCCCAUCUAGAAGAAAGCCAAAAGGUUAUUCGGCGGAGGCGUUUUAUAUAUCCCAGAGAAAGAAGCGAUUCCACAGGAUCCAGCUCAAUAUAUUUCACAGCCAGUUCAGGAGCUGGCAACACAGACGAUGGAGAAAGUGAGGGGGGCUAUACUACGGCCAAUGCAGAAUCAGAUUAUGAUAGGGAAUCUGAUAAAGAGAGUGAUGAAGGAGAAGAUGAAAUCAGCUGUGAAACAGUUAGAACUGGGAGAAGAGAUUCCUUGGACCUUGAAAAUGAAGAUGAAGCAGGGCUGAGUUUGGACACUGCUUCAGAAGAAGAGCUUGCUCAGUUACUGCACCAAGCCGAUAGCUCACACAGAGGGACUGACCAGGAGAAGAAAGAAGGUUUCCAACUACUGCUUAACAAUAAACUUGUGUAUGGUGACAAGCAGGAUUUCCUUUGGCGUCUGGCCCGAGCUUACAGUGAUAUAUGUGAAAUCACAGAAGACACAGAGGAGAAGAAAUCGUAUGCAUGCGAUGGCAAAGAAGAGGCCGAAAUGGCUCUGCAGUUAGGAGAUCAAAAUGCUGAUUGUCACCAAUGGUAUGCAAUUCUGUGUGGUCAGUGUUCAGAACAUGAAAGCAUACAAAAGCGCAUUCAAGCUGGACAUGCCUUUAAGAAACAUAUUGAUGAAGCCAUUGCUCUGAAACCAGAUGAUCCGAUAUCUUAUUAUCUCCUAGGUCGGUGGUGUUACCAGGUUGCUCAUUUGGGAUGGCUGGAAAGGAAAACUGCUUCUGCUUUAUAUGAAGAACCUCCCUUAGCCACUGUCCAAGAUGCACUGCAAAACUUCUUAAAGGCUGAAGACCUAAACCCUGGUUUUUCAAAAGUGGGAAGAAUAUAUAUUGCCAAGUGCUACAAGGAACUGGGGGAUAAUUCUAAAGCUGCACAUUGGUUGACUCUGGCUUCAGAGUUGCCAGUUAUCACAAAAGAGGAUGCAGAAAGCAGCAGAGAAAUGGAAGAGAUGCAAGCAAUUUCUGCUGACUAAGGAAUCCUGAAUACUGUGUCCUACAAUGAGCAGUGAAGAAAAUUCCAGUCUAAAAAUAAUCUCACUAUGACUCAAACUAGGCUUCAAAACAAACCACACAUUGGGGGGGGGGGGGGGGGGGGGGGGGGGAGGAGGAAACUACUAUUUCACCACUUCUUUCUCAAAGAUUGUAGCCGGCAAUACCAAAUAGUUAAAAAAAUGUAAUUCAGCUCUCUCCCUUAUCACAAAAUAAGACAAUCCUAAUUAACGCCUAUGUUUACCUAUUUGUAGCAUAGAUGCUGGCAAAUCCAUUAGUAUUUUUUCCAUGCUGCCUUUGGAGUAAUACCCAUCUAGAAAUUUCUAGUACAUACAUUUUUUUCAACAAUUUCUGGGAAAAUUGAGAUAGCAUCAUAAAAUAUGUAGAAUUAUUUAUAGCAAUAUAACAUUGCUUGUAUACUCCUUAUAGGGGCUCCUAAGUGCUAAGUGCUUUGUUCAUGUCAUUUGAAACAUCUGCUGGGUGCUUAUACUAUAUUUUGCUCUUAGAGAGCAAAGAAUAGUUUGGAAUGCCAUUGACUGAAAAGAAAAAACUAGUGAGGAAAUUCUUUGAUUUUUUCCCUUCUCCUAGUAUCAUAGGUCUGAGUUUCUUCAGUGAUUGUUUUAACCUAAAGAAAUAUCAUGAAAGUUUGUUAAUAUAUUGCCUGAGUUGUAUCUAAUGUGGGAUGAACCAAUAGAUCAUGGCCUUUGGGGAAAAUUGAUUAUUUUUGCCAAAUAAUAUAUUAAUUCCUAUAUCUGUUAUUUAUUUAAAAUGUUUGUUGGUUUUAUGUAUAAGAAUAUAUGUGGCAUAUGACACAAAUAUUUGAAAAGUUGAGGGAGUGACAUGGUAAAAUCUACUGAUGCUGUUCCAUGUGACUUAUAAAAUGCAAAUUUAGGUGUGGUUUAAUAAUAUAAAAGUAAGAAUGCUAACUAAAUUACCAUAUAUUACUAUUCAGGAAAUUAGAGUUAUUAUCCAUUAUAACACAUAAUGGAAAAUAUUCAGUUGAAGUGCAAACCUAUUAAUCUUUUAAUGUUCAAAUACUUUAUUAAUGUUUAUUUACUAGUUGACAGGGUAAAGGAUGGGGCCUGGUGUGCUGUCCUUUCUUGGAAUAGCACAGAACACCCAUCUGCAGCAUGUCCAGAAACUGAGAGGUCCUCCUUCUAGUUCUUAAAUGUUUUUUGAAAGAAAUAACAUUACUGCCAGAAAGAACAAUUAAACACUGUUAAGCACAACACAAAAAAGAAGAAUUUGCUUCAAUUGCAGGGCUUAAAAAAUACAUACCAAUACAUUCCCCCCAGGAUUGCAGAGAAAGUACAUUCUCUGCAAUUCUGGAGAUCAUAUGUUUAUUCCAGUGUACAGCAUGGAAAGAAAUUAUAUUGAAAAAAAUAUUAAAAAGAGAGGGACCACGUAUAUGUGAAGAGAUUCUAUAGGCUAAUAAGAUGUGCCAGAGAUGUAUGUAACAUAGAUAACAUUAGUGAAGAUGAGAUGGAAUUAUGUAAUCAGUGGGUUUCCAAUUGUUGUAGACCAAACAAUUUUCCAGAAUACAAUAUAACUGUUUUCUAUGUGUACUUUGAUUUUUGGCAGUUAUUUUUGAAACCAUCAUUUCAUAAUAACAAUAGCUAUAUUAUUACAGUGAGAUUUAAUACACUUUGCCAUGUUGGACAUUUCUGUACGAUGAGAUCAAAUACAACUUGCAGGAAUUUGACCCUUCUCAUAAAGAUGGAUAUUCCAUUACUCUUAUAUUGCUUUUUUUAAUUUUACAAAAUAAUGUGGAACAAAAAGCAAUAUUUUAGUCCAAAAUAAUGGGUUUUCCCUGUUUCUUCAAUUUGUAACCAAAAACAUCUAGAACCCUAUCUUAUAAGUACUGUAUGCUUCCAAACCAACAAUGUAAAGCCCAAGUUUCAUUUAGAUUACAAAGAAAUGUGAUGCUGCUAAGAUUAUAAAAUCUUAUAAAAUUUUGCAGAGGGAAUAAGUACUGAGAAUAUACUGCUAGCUUCUAAACGAGUGGAUUUCCUUACAUAUCUUCAGUAAUAACCUAUACAUUGUUUAAUGGAGCUCCCAAAAUUAAAUUUGAAGAAGUAUAAUAUUUAAAUAUUUUUACAAGACAUAUGAAUCCUUAAUGUAAUAAUUCAUAUUUUAAAAACACAUAUUUACUGGCACUGUUAAUAUUUUACUCUGGUAAUGUAAGACCAAACUCCCCCAGCUUCAUUUCCCAUGCAGUCUUCUAUAUAGCCAGUUAUUGUUGAUUUCCUCAUUUUGUUGGCUGGAGGAAAAAUUCCUUGUGGAACAUACAGUAUCAUGUUUUUAUACCUUGGUUUGUUUUAUAUUCUAACGAGGUGCAGAGUAUAUUCAAUUUGAAGUCUUACAAAAUUAAAUGUGUGGCAUGUUCCAAGGGCAAAGAAAUUUGCCCUUGCUGAGAAGAAAGAAAAAUACCUAUACUUUAUUGCUUUUUCAUGCAAAUCAUUUCAGUAUUAGGUUCAAAAUGUGCAGAAGCAAGUUUGAUGCAGAAAUUUUAUUCUGAUUGAAGCACUCAGCUGUUCAUCUAAAGCAGUGUUUCUCCACCUAGGAAGUUUUAAGAGGUAUUUUCAGAAUUCCCCAGCCAACAUGCUGGCUGGGGAAUUCCGGGAGUUAAAAUCUACACUUCUUAAAAGUCACUGAGGUUAAGAAACAUUGAUCUGAAGAAUCUCUUGCGAGAUCUGUGGCCUUGUUUGCAGAGAAGAAGCAGUCCAUGCCAAUGUCAAUUAGCUUUAUUAAUAUUUACUUUCAGAACUCUGCGUUUAUUUAGCAUUUUUAUUCUAUGUUAGAAUUGAGUUUUAAGAUGUAACUUUGUCACCUUCAUAAUUUCCAAAGCUUAUUUUUCUGUUUUGACGUAGGAGAACUUAUAUCUCAUUGUGUAACGAUGUUUUAUAUCAUUUUAUAUAACUGACUGGUUUGUGAUUGCAGUUAAUUAACUGUUCCUUCUGUUUUAAAGAUUGUAGCCAAAGUGAACAUGCAGAUACCUAACAUUUGACUUUUGUAAGAAGUUGACCAGUCUACUGGUACAUGUUUGUGCACUGAAUAUUAUUGGAGUGGCAAGUUGUGUAAAGGUUUUAUGUCAACUAAUCAAAGUUUCAGCUGCCUAUUUUAAUACCAUUUUAGAACCAGGCUCAUUAUCAAAAUUAAUAUGACAUUGUAAUAAUCAGUCAUGGCCUGAGACAAAGCGCCUGUGAAAACCUCAUGUAGCAGGCAAACAUUUAGAGAAAAAUAAUGGUGCUGUGGUUGGUCAGAGUCUUACAACCUGGUUUGAUAAAGACUCCAACCUCAAUCCUCAGAAACCAUCCUUGGUUAUAGAUAUUCUUGGUUAUCUUUGCCUUUAAGCCAAAAGACUCCAAGACUAGCAGCAGGCUGCAGACUACAACUAAAGAAUUCCUGAUUUCACCUUAAACAUUUUCAUAUAGAUUUUCUUUGUUCUGCAGUCUCCGAGUUACAUUUGUCUUUAUUAAGGCAGUUAAACAUUCCCAGGUUAGUUCUUCGGGAAUCAUGACAGUGGAUGAACUGUGGCUGCUUUUCUAAUUCAUGGAAAUACAGUUUACAUUUUAAGUAUAAAAAUGUGAGAAUUUAGCUAAUGAUCAAAAGUGUUGCCUUUGAGUACUUUUUAGAAAAGACUAAAAAGCAUUUAUAAAAAAAUGAAAAAAAAACCUAUACUAGAAAACUGCAGUGCUAUAUCCUACUACCCAUGUAUAGACUCAUUCAGACUUCCCACUGAGUUAAUAUGUAUGGGUUUGCACUGCAUUGAAGUAUACUUUGCUGAUUUUGCCACAUUUUAACAUUCUAUAUGAAUUCUUCUGAAUUAGGAUCUUGAAUGAUUCCAUAUUUGUUGACCUUAUUAAUAUACAAAUGUGUGAAAGCAUUUGUGUUAUAUGAUACUCUUGGACUGCCUUACAAAUAUUUUAACAUUGCAUACAACCAAACUAAUGUAGGAUGGAUUCUAAAGUAACUCACAAAAGCAAAGGCAAUGAGAUUAGGAAAUUAAAAGUAUCAAUCCUUGAUGCUGGAUUGGCAAACUAUCUUUAUAAGUGUCAAAUUCUAGAUCUAGUCAACAAUGAAUGGAUGAUAUUUUUGAUUAAAAGAAGACAUUUGGUAUGACUAAAUUCAACAGUAGUUGUGUAGGCAGAAUAUUUUCCACUGAUUAAUUCUGUAUGUAGUUAAGACUCCAACAGCCUUUCCCCUAAGAAUAAUUGCAUUGGAGAAGAUACAGUCAGGUGGAAUUAGUUUAGAGUUUUGAAGGCUGGAAGAAAAGGCUUGAUAUAUUGUUCAGGCGACAGUGUCUACAUAAUUUGCAUUAAUGCAAGGAAACUUUUUCUUACAAUUGUAUCUACUCCUUUGCUUUGAGAAUAAUGUUUUAGUGUUCCAAACUUCAAAAGAUGCCUGUGUAAUUAAGUAUCUUGAAUGAGAUGCAAUUACAGAGGAGAGUAACCUUUGUUCAAAGGUACUUGGGAAAGCAUUGGUUCUUUUUCUUUAGAAGGUGUAUUUUGAGCAGCCUUAUGUCAGGAAAAAACAUGAAUGUGUGACUAAUUUUGCUGAUUAACUGUGAAAUUAAGGGCGGGGAUACUUUACAAAUGCACUGCCUCCCCAUUGCAGGCACUGAAAAAUUAAGGUGAAAAUGGUAAUAGAAAAAAACAUACUGAAUUACUGACAUUGAGAUACUUACUUUGAGUCUCUUUAAAGACAGCAAAAGAAGUCUCCAUAAAAAUUUCCUAAUUGUACUUUUGUGCUUUAAAAAAAGUUAAUACAUGAAUUGACUGUAAAGUAAUUUAAAUUUCAACACAAUUUUAUUUGAAAUAAAGGUAAAAACACUAAAA